AUUCUGAUGUGAUUAUCUAGUAAAGCUAGAUAUAGCUGCAUAUAAAUCAUUAAGAAGUACUCCUAUUGCUGCAAAUUAUGUGCACAUUUGCCCCACAAUGACUGAAUUUUGCGCGCAUCUUGCCCUUGUCCCGAAAGGGAUAAUCUGAACCAGCAAAUUAAAAGUUUACAGUUUUUAAUAUAAAAGUAUAAAGUUUGGUAACAUUGCAUAGGACUCCUUGGAAUAAUUCAAUUAUGGGCGAUAUGAAAUAUUUACUGGAUAGUAUGACUUUCCAAUUAUCAAACAAAGACAAUUUUGAGCCUAAUGAACUCACACGGCCAGACAUCAUGCUUGUAGAGAAACCUGUGUUACUAACAAAUCCGAUUCCUUCAAACUAUUCGUCCAUAGAUAAGAGAACUAAAGCCAGAAGAAUAUACCCAGAGAAGUUUAGCAACAACGAGACAGAGGGUGAGGAGAGUGAUGAUGAUAUUUCCACACCCAUGGUGCAAAAGAUGACUAAGGAUGAUGAUACCACCAACUUUACUAAUAAUUCCCACAAUCCAAGAAUAGAGAGAAUCAAACAUGGAAUUAACAAGUUAUCUGUUACACCUAAAAAGUUGACGUUUGAUGAUAGGAACAUAACAGCUCAAUUCAUAAAUAAAAAUUUGAAUUCUAUAAAUAUUAAACCCAAAUAUGGCUUAGACUUUGAAAUAUAUAAAGAUUAACUAUGCUUAAAUUUUCUUAAAUUGUCCCAACCCACUGAAUUUGCAUUUGGUAAUUUUAUCAUUUCAACCUUUGUGACAAAUUCAGGAUUUUUAAUACCUUCCUGAGCAUAAGUGCUUAUGUAUCUAAUUGGUUUCUUAAUUGAUGGAACAUCAUCUUUUUCGAUACUCUCUUGUCUCAACUCUAGUGGUAAAUUCUUGACAAUUUCAGGGUAUAUAGUAGGCAAAGAAAAGCGAUUAAUUAUAUCAAACUGUGGAGUUUCGACUGGUACUGGAGGAGGUAUAGGAGCAAGGAAUUCUCGUUUCUUUGCUUCAAAUUUCUUACUCAAUUCAAGUUGUUUUUGUUGGAAUUCUUGGUUUAAUGCUUCAUAUUGUUCUUCCUCCCCAGCUGAUUCUUUAUUAGAAUCACUAAUAAAAGGAUCAUUGAAUGUAUCUUCCAAUUGUCGCUGUCUUUUCUUUUCUUCAAUUGAUUUUUGCUUCUGAAUAUGUUCACGUUGUAACGACUCAAAUUCUGCUCUUUCUUGAUCUAAAAUUAAUUUUAUUUGCUCUUGUCUAUUCUUUUCUUGUUCUAUCCAUUGAUUAUGAUUUUCAAUUGCUUGCUUUCUCAACUCAAUUUCGCGUUGUUCAACUUGCGAUGCCUUCAAUUGUUCAAAAUCAGUAGUUUUAAAUUUAAAAUAAUUCUUCCAAGUUUGAUUUGAAAUGUGUCUAUAAGUGUUUAAUAAAACAUUAAAUUGUAAAUUAUUAUGCAACAUUUCAAGGUUAGAAUAAUCUUCAGUAAACUUUCUCUGCUUGGCAAAUACUGUUUCAACUAAUUGAUUAUUAAAUUUUUCAUGAAGUAACCCUUUUAAGCUGUGAUUAUAACGUGAUUUAAUUGUGGAUAUCUUCUUUUUAUGAAUCUUUUUAAUUGGAUCAUUGGUUAAUUUAAUCUUGUUAAUCUUAUUCAUCAACGCGGCAUCCUUAUAAUUACCAGAACCAGGACCACGAUAUGAUUUAGUAUAGUAAUAUUUUGCAUGAUGAUAAUUAUCACUGU